CGACAGUGCCGGUUCCAGAGGUCACCCAGCCGUGUUUUCUUGAUGACUCGCUUUCUUGUGAUUUUCUUUUUACGUUUCUGGUUUUUAAAAUGCAAAGGGCUUUUUGGGGGCCACGCUGAAGCGUAACAAGACUGCAAAGAAAAGCCGCGCGUUGUCAUGGCUGAAGGGGAGCCCGAAGUGCGGUGGGACGGCCUGUGCAGCAGAGACUCCGCCGCGAGGGAGGCGGCCCUGGAGCACGUCCGGCAGGUCGUUCGGAGGAAAACCGAGGAUCUGCGCUCGCGGGGAGAGACGUCUCGCCGGCCGCCAGACGGGCUUUCGGACGCUGUCCCUGCGGAUGGGUUGAAUAAGCUGCUCGCUCACCUGCUCAUGCUCUCCAAGAGGUGUCCCUUUAAAGAUGUAAGAGAGAAAAGCGAGCAUAUUUUGAAGAGCGUCCAGAGCUUUCCGCUCUGGAAGAAUGUAUUGCUAAAGGAACCAGGAAGGCAAGGAAGAGAGGGAAGAGUGACAGCGACAUUGCUACUGACUUCGGCUGCAUGGACGGACUUUGAAAGACUUGAGAAUUACAUAAGACCCUUACCAUACAUUCAGAGUCGUGUUAUAAGCUGUUGUCAGCUCUGCAGUGCAAACAGAGCAGAACUUGGAAUUAGAAUUCCUCGACCACUAGGACACGGACCAAGCCGAUUCAUCCCAGAAAAAGAGAUUCUCCAGGUGGGAAGUGAGGACGCACAGACGCACACUUUAUUUGCAGAUUCUUUUGCUGCUUUGGGUCGUUUGGAUAACAUUACGUUAGUGAUGGUUUUUCACCCACAGUAUCUAGAAAGUUUCUUUAAAACUCAGCACUAUCUGCUGCAGAUGGAUGGGCCGCUACCCCUGCAUUAUCGGCACUACAUUGGGAUAAUGGCUGCGGCGAGACAUCAGUGCUCCUACUUGGUGAACCUCCACGUCAACGAUUUCCUUCGUGUUGGUGGGGACCCCAAGUGGCUGAACGGCCUGGAGAAUGCCCCUCAGAGACUGCAGAACCUGGGAGAACUUAACAGAGUGUUGGCCCAUAGACCUUGGCUCAUCACCAAAGAGCACAUCGAGGGACUUUUAAAAGCCGAAGAGCACAGCUGGUCCCUCGCGGAGCUGGUCCACGCGGUAGUCCUCCUCACACACUAUCACUCUCUUGCCUCGUUCACGUUCGGCUGUGGGGUCAGUCCAGAGAUUCACUGUGAUGGUGGCCACACGUUCAGACCUCCUUCUGUUGGCAACUACUGCAUCUGUGACAUUGCAAAUGGCAAUCACAGCAUGGAUGAGAUGCAUGUCAACUCUGCAGGAAAUGUUUCGGUGAGCGAUCCCUUUCUCGAGGUCGAAGCCCUCAUGGAGAAGAUGCGGCACUUGCAGGAAUGUCGAGAUGAGGAGGCAGCAAGCCAGGAAGAGAUGGCUUCACGCUUUGAAAUAGAGAAGAGAGAGAGCAUGUUGGUCUUCUCCUCUGAUGAUGAAGAAGUUACACCAGCAAGAGAUGUAUCUCGUCACUUUGAGGAUACUAGUUACGGUUAUAAGGAUUUCUCUAGACACGGGAUGCAUGUUCCAACAUUUCGAGUCCAGGACUAUUGCUGGGAAGACCACGGUUACUCUCUGGUCAAUCGCCUUUAUCCAGAUGUGGGACAGCUGAUCGACGAGAAGUUCCACAUUGCUUACAACCUCACUUACAAUACGAUGGCGAUGCACAGAGAUGUCGAUACCUCGAUGCUCAGACGGGCUAUUUGGAACUAUAUUCACUGCAUGUUCGGAAUAAGAUAUGAUGACUAUGACUAUGGUGAAAUUAACCAGCUUUUGGAUCGUAGCUUUAAAGUUUAUAUCAAAACUGUUGUUUGCACUCCUGAAAAGGUUACCAAAAGAAUGUAUGAUAGCUUCUGGAGGCAGUUCAAGCACUCUGAGAAGGUUCACGUUAAUCUGCUUCUUAUAGAAGCUAGGAUGCAAGCAGAACUCCUUUACGCUCUGAGAGCCAUUACCCGCUAUAUGACCUGACGCCUCUCCUCCGUUACGGUGAUGGAGCGAUCAGCAGACGUGCUCUACGAGGGGAAGGUACUAAGCCGCAGGACCAAUGGUAGAUCAGAGAAUUCAGACACCCAUGUGCCAUGACUCCUUUAGUUUCUGCUCUUUUACUGUGGAAAGGCUACUGCUGGCAUGAGCAGCAUGUGCUUGGCAGCUUCCUGUUCAGGGCUGUGAAGACCGGCUGCCAUUCACAGUGUUUUGCUUUUUGACAGUACAAGCUGCUGCAUAACUGUUUUAAUACAGCAGCUAGUAACUCUCCAAAUCUCGUUGCUUUUAUGUCAAAUAAGAACACGAAUUGGAGCAUGCAGAGAAUGGGACUUGGAAAGUGACAUAAGCUUUUAUAUAUAAGGAAUUUUAGAUCUUGGUGCUGCUAUUCUUGCUGGUGGAGUGCACAGAGUGGCUGUCCCAGUUAAGCUGUUAGUAAUAAAGUGAACACUGCUAUUGUCUGAGCCUACAUACAUAAUUUGUGUGGUUUCGAAUGAAACUUGCAUAUGUGUUCAUUUUUUUUGCAUCUAAAAACAGAAUUCUUACAGCUCAGCGAAGACCAUUUUGAUGGUAAAGUUCAUUUCUUUCAUUAUAGUUUUUUAAAAUUCAGAACUAUUGAUGACAUUACAGUGGUAUCUUAAAAUAUUUUCUUCAAAAAGCAAUCUUAAAUGAAAGUGUGUAAAUUAUUAGAAAAGCUGGCUAUCUCUGGAUAUGCCAUUUCCCAAAGUUCUCUGACACUGAGGGUAGCUGUCUUGUGCAGUAUUUUUCUUUCUAGCACCAAAGCUGUGGGAAGCAUUGCUGUGGACUGCUGCCCGCUGCACAGCCUGGUGCAUUCUGCCCACCUUGUGGUGCCCACUUCACAGGUUAUGCAGCUCCUUAAAUAAUAAAGCUGGAAGAUAUUUUUAAGUCAGGUUAUCAAAUUUGAUUUACAAAAUGCUAACUUUGAAAUGUAAACAGGUUUGAAAAAUGUAUUAAGUACUUUGUAUUCUGGAAGUAUGAAUUGCUUUUGAAGUCUGUCAGUAUUAUUGGUAUUUUUCAAUAAAGGAUAAUUUUUCUCCA